AUGGCAGACGGGCCGCUGUCCAUCCUUUGCUUCGGCGACUCCCUCACCCAGGGCUACCACAGCUUCGGCAUGGGCAAGAAUCCCUACGGCGAGAAGCUCGAGGAGACGCUCAAGGCGGCCAUGCCCGGCCGCGACAUACGGGUCUACGUCAACGGUGUCCCUGGCGACUUCGCCACGGGUCAAGCGUUCAGCCGUCGCCUCCGCCAGGCGUCGAGACGCAUUCGCGCCGGACCAACAGGUGAUGUUCGGCCCUACGAUUGGGUCAUCAUUCUCGGCGGUACAAACGACCUUGCCCGCUGCUGCACCGGGCAGAUGAUCGUCGACGCCCUCAAGGCCUGUUGGGACAUCCCUCUCGCCAAGGGCAGCAAGGUGCUCGCCCUCACCGUGCCCGAGAGCCGGCCCAAGCCGGACUGGCUCGCAGCCCAACUUGUGAGGAGCCCCCUCCCCCGCCUCCUGUCCGUCCCGUCGCUCGGCUCCCCCCGCGCCGACCACGAUGCUGUCGCCCCGCCGCUGACGAGGCUUGCCAGCUACUCGUUCGACCUGCACGCCAAGGUGCCCUUCCACUCGCUCUCGGUUGCCGACCAAGAUAAGUACUGGGAUGACGGUCUCCACCUGACGGCUGAUGGGUACUGGUGGAUGGGCGGCCACAUAGCCGAUGGACUGCUCCAAAUCUUCGAGACGAUGGGCGGCGGCCAGCAGAAGAUGGCUCCGCAGUGA